AUGUCAAGCCCAUCAGGUAAGUCCUUUGUCGACGAGCUUUUCAGUCAAGAGCACAUCUCCCUUCGCCUCAAAAGAGCCUUAAGUGAGAAUAAAAUUUUUUCAACCCACGUUGGCCUUAAAGAAGAAAUCACUUACGACUAUGAAAAAAUCAAAAAACUCCUGUCAGUUUCGCCACCAUUCCUCUACCUCAAUCUCGAAGAAAGAGACCUAUUGAUCAGCUCUUCAAGAUUCAUAAACUUCAGGGCAUCAAAUUUCCCAAUCCUUAUUUCUGGAGAUACCUUAUCUUAUUAACCAUCACGUUUAACGUCUCCUACGGGGUUGCUCUUCCAGGUCUACCACCACGCUCUCGUCGCUCGGGGCCCACUAGUUGCUGGGACAGCUAGCUUUGAUCUCCAACGCGCGCCUCCUGCGCGAUGUUCCGGCUUCGACGGCUCAUGAUUGAGCUACUUUCUCUGUAACGAGGGUUGUCUGCUGGGGAAAUUCCAAAAAAUGGAAUUUCUGGCCGACUUUCGGCAAAACAGGAAAACUUGUAGCCCGGGGCGAAACUCCCGGUUUCUCGCUAGAGAUUUUCCCGAAUGGCCUAGGGAUUACCUGUAGGCGCUGCUGGGCUUCUCCUUUCCAACUCCAAGCCUCCUCUUCCCUCGAGGUAAAAUCCUAACCCGAGAAUGGACUGGGAUCAGGCUCUGUACACUGCCAGAAUUGCUUACCUGAUGUGGCUGUCCAUCUCUAGCUAGGCAAAACCUUGCCGGAUAUAAUUUAAAUAGGGCUCGAAACUGUCUGGCCGAGAGGCCAGACCCAAGUUGAGACGCCAUAUUUAAUUAUGUUAUUUCUGGAGAUACAAGUGAAUUUGGUAUCAUGAUUGAAGGACAAGCUUGUGCGACAUCUGACACUAAUUCCAGCUUUUCUGAAUAUCUAUUCCCAGGAGACAGUUUUGGAAUUGAAGGCUGCAUACUUGGAAAAACAGCUUAUACAAUAAAAACAGCCAGUGAUGACUCUAUCGUCAUGAUCUGUCCAAAAGACUGCUUAAUGAAGCUUAUCAUAAUGGCAUUCGGUUCGAGAGAAAUCAGCUCCGCUAAUUUUCUCUCCCUCAUGGAAUUUUAUUUAUGGGGCUGGGUUUUCUCUUGAGAACUUCUGCACUGUUUAACUUUGGGGAUAACCAAAGGAGCAGCUCCUCAGUGCAUUUAAGAGGCUCAGAGUUUACCCCUCAGCACAUCCCCGAGGAUGAUGACCCUUAGGCAAAACACGCACAGGAGCUAAAUCAGGGCAGAGCGAUGGUAACGCGCCGGAUGAGAUGUGCGGCGGCUGGAGACGAAGCGUCGAUAGAAGGCUUGACCAGUUGAGCUGACUACCGCGAUUCCACGAUGGCUCCGUGACGUCACUAGUUAGCUAAAUCCCUAUUUACUAGGGUGCGGCACUAGGCACCUUAAAUACCGAAUAAUUAAGUUAAGCUAAGUUUAAUGAAGCUCAUCGUCCCUGAAAAGCAGUUUACUUUACUAAUCGCAAGGUCACUCGUAGAGAAGCAGCAUAUAUUUUUGCCUUUACAAAAAUUCAGAAGCUUUGUUUCAGAAGGAGCGCAAAGAGGAGAAAUUGACUUAAUCAGGCUCGUGGAAAUUUAUAAAGAAAUCAAUUCUUCAUUGCACCCUGGGAUGAAUAAUUCAGAAAUUGACAUUUCAGCUUGAAAAUAUGCAAUUAGAAGGCUCCCUGAAGACAUUACAAGUACUUUUGUGUUUUAUGGGACCACAAGGCUGCCACUAAUAUUAAACCACCCAGAGUUCAAUAUUCCAGUAAAAAGCAGCGCAAGGGCCAGAACAAUUUUUACUCAAAUGAGAGGAAAAAAUAUCGUUGUAUUUAGAGAGCUAGAAACUGAUUUACUCGAUUUUCUGUCAAAUUUGUGCAUUCAUAUCCUAGAAAGCAGAAAACUGCGCGACUUCUUAAGGACUCCAGAUAUUAUCCAAAUGCUUUUAAAUAAUGACCAAUUGGACUCCUUAGCCUUACCAGAAGGAACUCUGGAAGGGCUAAAAGAAAUUUGGCCUACAGACUGCUAUAAAAGAUGUGCAGAAAUUAUUCUCCACCAUGAAGACUUCAAUAUGUUUAUUUAUAUCCCCAGAAUGCAUCUUACAGCUGAUCCAGGUGAAAGAUGGGCUGCUAGACUGUGGAACGAGUGUCAGGUCUGCUUAGAAGUAGGCUCAGUUUCUAUUGGAGAAGCUAUAAACUUAGGACUUACUGUCGACGUAAUUCAAGGAAGCACCAGAACUCUGCUUAACACGCUAAGUCCUUAUGUGUUUGAAAAGCAAAAUGAUAUCAAAGAAUGGUUCAGCAAGUCUGGAAAAGUAUUGAAAACCAAAGAAUUCCCUAACGCGAUUGACGAGCUUUGUGCGAUGGCUUAUUACUACUUUAAAGAAUUCCCAGAAGAAGAAGUGAAAAAGGCAGAAAGAGAAAAAGCAGCAGGAAUUCAUAAAAUUGAAGAAACCGAGAUGACAGGUGUCAGAGUACUCCUUAUUAAUGUCAGCAAAAUUGACCCGAACUUUGUAGAUCCCCAUUUCGUGCCUAAGCCUAGAGGACUGUUACACCUUGUUGUGAAUAUUGGCUAUACGUUUGGGAAACAGUGCCUGGAUAUAGUCAAAUGUUUAACGUUGCUGUUUGGGAAUUCUAUAAAUUCUUUUAACAUAAUUGGAAAAGCAGGAGGACUUGUAGGAGAAAGAACUGAUAUCUUGAUAGCUACCAAGUUUUUUGACGAAACCUCACAGACUGUUACAAGAGCUAAUCCUUCAGGGCUCAACCCAGAAAGGCUCAGCAAAAUGGCUGAGUGUGAUGUCCAUGUCGGGCCAAUGCUUACAGUUGGCGGAACGGUGCUUCAAAAUUCAUUUUUGCUUAAAUACUAUUUAUAUUUACAAGGCUGCAUUGGCUUAGAAAUGGAAGGCUGCUACUUCGCCCAAGGCGUCCAGCAAGGUAUAGAUGCAGGAUUUAUUAAAAAAGAUGUCCCGAGCAGGUAUCUUUACUAUGUAUCUGAUUUGCCAUUAGACCCUAAUAGCAACUUGGCUCAAGAAGAAGGAAAUGUCUCUUGGGAUGAAGGAAUAUCUGCUAUGAAUGCUGUUACCAGACACUGUUUGCAAUUAAUUUUCAAUUCUGAUGAAGAAUACACAGGGAACUCUUCAUUUAGAAAAGAAGUAAAACUAUUCUUUGAGCAAGCCAAAGGAAAAGUGGCAGUGGUUACGUCAGGUGGAACCUCAGUUCCUCUUGAACAGCAUACUGUUAGGUCGAUUGAAAAUUUCUCCACUGGGCAAAGAGGGUCAAAAAUCGCUGACUCCCCCCCUCCGUGAGUGAACAAAAAAAUUUUGUUCACUCACGGAGGGGGGUUAUUUUUUUUUUCAAAAAAUUUAUAUAUAAAUUUUUUUUUUCGAAAUUUAAAAAAAUCUCACUUCUAUAAAAAUUGAAAAUUAAAUAUUAGUUUAAUGUAAAAAUUUAUGUUUUAAAAACGCAAUUUUAUUAAAAUUAAACAGAAUUAGCUCGAGAUUUCAUUAUACUAAUUAUCACUUAUAUAUAUCAAAAUUUUUCCAUAAAAAAUUUUUGUUCAGGAGGGUGGGUUUUUAGGCAAAAAAUAGCGAUUUUUAUAAUGGUUUUGUUCACUCACGGAGGGGGAGGAGUGAGCAGUUUUUGGAGAAAGGCUACACUGUGCUAUUUUUGACGAGAAAUACAGGAAAAUUGCCAUUUUUAAGACUUAUAAAUCAGCAUGAUGUGCUGAAAACACCAGAAAUUGCUGCAGAUAUUCAAAGCUUAAUAAAUAAAUUCCAGAGCUAUAAAGAUGGAGGAAAGCUGCUGAUCCAGGAAUUUAUCACUGUAGAUAAUUACCUUGCAAGAUUAGAAGAAAUUACAAUUGAGGCUAAAAAAUACCAAGAAAAUACCAUUUUUGUGCUGUCAGCUGCUGUAAGCGACUUUAUGCUUUCAGGGCCUCCUUCUACCCACAAAAUCAAAAGUGACCUACCUAAGCUAGAUUUAUCAUUAGUUCCUACCCCAAAGAAGCUUGGCUUAAUCAAGAAGAUCUGCAGCAAAGCUUUAGUCGUUUCUUUCAAGCUGGAAACUGAUCCUAAAGAGCUUCUCAAAUCCUGCCAUAAUGCUCUUUCCAAAUAUGAAGUUGACUAUGUCGUCGGCAAUGUACUAGAUAUGAGAAACCAAGAGCUUAUUCUAGUUUCCCAAGACCACUCCGCGCCUUUCACUAUUGCUGACGGUGAUUUAGAAGAGCAGCUCGUCUUUAUCUUAAUCUUAAGCUUAAUUGCAGGCUCACUGCUGCCUAUUGGUAACGCAGUCACCAAGGACUCCCUGAAGAGUUCAUCCGCUUUGCUAUGCAGUCAGCCAAGCUGGGCUUGAGUAAGAUGUCUACCCUAGCGAGAAAAGGAUCUGCACAACUUGCUUCUACUUCGGCUCCUAAUGCCAUGGGAUAUCCGAAGCCCUCUUACUCCUGCGUCUUCUCCUUUCUUUUACAACCCAUAGCUAAGUGCGGACUAUGGGCUUUCUGCGGCUGCUGCUUGAGUUGCAUGAAGGUUGUCCUCACAAAAAUAUCAAAAAAAGGAAAUUUCUGGUCGAUUUCGGCAAAAGGGAAAAGUUCGAAGCCCAGGACAUAGCUCCUGAUUUAUCUUUACUCCCCCCCCUCCGUGAGUGAACAAAACCAUUAGAAAAAUCGCUAUUUUUUGCCCAAAAAGCCCACCCUCCGUGAACAAAAAUUUUUUUUAAUAGAAAAAUGCUUUGAUGGAAAAAAAUUUUUGAUAUAUAGAUGAUAAUUAUUAUAAUGAAAUCUAGAGCUAAUUCUGUUCAAUUUUAAACAAAUUGCUUAAAACAUAAAUUUUAUAAAUUAAAUUAAUAUUUACCUUCAAUUUUUAUAGAAGUAAGAUUUUUUUAAAUUUCAAAAAAAAAGUAUUUUUUAUAAAAUUUAUAUAUAAUGUAUUGGCAAUAUUUUAUUUUGCUUAUUUAUGGUAAAUUGAUUUUAAAAUGUCAAAAAUUUUGACAUGCCAUUAUAUAUAAAACUGAGUCUAUGGUAUGUUAAAAUUUUUUUGGCAUUUUAAAAUCAAUUUACCAUAAAUAAGCAAAAUGAAAUUUAUGCAAGGGAUUAUAUAAAUUUUUUAAAUUUCAAAAAAAAUUAACCCCCCUCCGUGAGUGAACAAAAUUUUUUUGUUCACUUACGGAGGGGGGGAGUUAGGGAUUUACCCGAUUAGUCUAAAUCUUCUUUCCAACCCAAUCUCUCCCGUUCCUUUGCGGUAAAAUCCAUUCUGAAAGCUGACUUGGGUUAAGCUCCAAGCACUGUUGGAUUUGCUUACUUAGCAUUGCUGCCCAUUUUUGAGUUGGAUAAACCUUUCCGAUAUAACUAGUUAGUUAGUUAGCAAGAUAACUCUAAAAUAGCUUAUCUUCUGUUUUCUGAAGUCUUUUACGUGAGUUACGACUUCUCGGCAGUUGCACGACCGCUAGAACUUCACUCGCCUCAAGCUUCAAAGGACACUCUUCUUCCACUAUCCAGUGUCAGUGGAUCGUGUCUCUAUAUGCAAAACUCUUAGAAGAGCCGAAGUUCCCCUUCACUGAUCCCAAGGAUGGGAACCCUCCUUGAAGGACACCUCUAUAUUUCAUUAUGAAGAGCAGCUCGUCACCGAGCUUAUCAGACUCCGUGGAUAA